AUGGCGGGGCCCUUGAGCCGCUCGCUGCGCGGGCGCGUCCGUGCGGCCGUCGCUCGCUGUGCGCCGGCCACCCGCGGGGGGGCGGGCCCGGGCGCCGCCGGCCGCGAGCCGGACCCCGAUUCCGACUGGGAGCCGGAGGAGCGGGCGCUGCAGGAGGCGGCGAGCGCCCUGAGGCGGCAGAGGAAAGCCGUCCGGCUCCAGAAAGUCCGCAGGCAAAUGGAGGCGCCAGGAGCCCCGCCCAGGACCCUGACGCGGGAAGCCAUGGAGCAGAUCCGGUAUUUACAUAAAGAAUUUGCAGAAUCCUGGUCAGUUCCCAGAUUGGCGGAGGGCUUUGAUGUCAGCACUGAUGUGAUCCGAAGGGUAUUGAAAAGCAAGUUUGUACCCACAUUGGAACAGAGACUGAAGCAGGAUCAAAAAGUCCUUAAGAAAGUCGGGCUUGGCCACUCACUCCGCCUGCUCCAGGGCUCUGGGGAUGCCUCAAAGCCGCUUUCCGCAGGCUGCUCCGUGUCGGCCCCUUUGCUGAUGGCAGGGGAUGGAGUCUUUUCCAAAGGCCACAGUCACAACAUGGCUUUGAGAAUGACUGAAUCAGACACUCAAAUUGCACAUGCACCGAGGAGACAGAAGGGAAGGGAUAAAGGAACCCAGGUCCUGGGGCAGGAGUGCCGCGCGCCUGUGCCUGCGGCCAGGGACCGUCGGAGAGAGCCGCACGAGCGCCCCGCCAGUGCUGGUGAAGGCGCCGGUUCUGGAGGAACCGACGUUCCUGGACUGCCAGGUGACAGGAAGCCGGAAAAGUCGAAGAUGGGGGAGCCAGGUGACCAGAAUUUCAGCAGCAAAGUAGUGCAGAGGGGGCGAGAGUUCUUUGAUGACAACGGAAACUUCCUGUACAGAAUCUGAGCCGAGCCGGGCUUGUGGGAUGCUGCCCGAAGCACAGCUGGGCAAGUAUGUUUAGAGCUGCCUUGAUUCUGUGAAUGGAUCAUCUACCGUGGGAGAGGAAGAAAUGAUGAGCCUGGAAUUUGGGGGGAAACAGCUGCUUGGAUUUGAAUCUGACACAGCAGGGUGACAGGCUCGGCGAAGUGCAGCCUCCUGGGACAUUGCUCCUGGUCUGCCCGUGAGGACCCCUGCCCACGUCCUCCUGCCUGGCUCUGUAUGUGGCGGCCAGCUCGUUGCGUGUGUUGUUGGGAGUUUCUGAUCCCUGCAGUGUGGGGGAGGAAGUGAAAUGUGAAUCUUCUGACCUUUCCUUCUUGAUUCAUGAACGCUAAACAGUUCUGUUAGCUGGUUGUUUUCAUCGUGCAAAAUAAAGUGAAAUGUAGCAGCCUGUGGUUGGUGCUUCCAAGGCUGGGAGGGUUUGCCUGUGACUCUGGAGAGG